GCCGCUGAGGCCGUUUGAAUUCCGAGCCAGCCGCCAAACUCGGACAAUAACAGCCCGGGUCGCCGCCGGGGAAGUCGCAGCAGCCGCUCGCCUGCUCGCCCCUCCUCACCUCUCUCUCCCGCGUUUCCAGCUAUGGACUCGCUGCCGGGGGAAGACCCCACUUUGCCCUUGGAGUUCAGCGGCAGUGUGAAUAUGGCCAAACUUCUUGAUGUAUCGGGAGAUGAAGUCCGAAUUCGUCUGGGAGGUGAUGGAGCAUUACCAGAUGUUGCGGAAGACACAGUGUCACCAACUAGAGCACGGACCAUGAAAGACUUUGAAAAUCAAAUAAUUGAGCUGCGAAAAGAGAAUUUCAACCUGAAACUGCGCAUAUAUUACCUGGAAGAGCGCAUGCAGCAGAAAUUUGAUGGUCCCAAUGAAGACAUCUACCGAAUUAACAUUGAACUCAAAGUUGAAUUGGAAAGCUUGAAACGAGAACUGCAGGAGCGAGAGCAAUUGCUCAUCAAGGCUUCUAAAGCAGUGGAAAGCUUGGCUCAAGGUGAUGCUGAAAUCAAGCGUCUGAAGGAAGAGGCUCAUAAGGAAGUCCAGCAAGUGGAAGAAAGCUUGAAGUGCAAGAUAAGCCACUUAGAGGAGGAUCUUAAGGUGGCGAAGGAAGAAGUAGAGAAAGCGUUUGCAAUGACGGAGCAGGAGAGAGUACUAAGACUUGCAGCCGAACAGCAACUUUCUUUGAUUACAAAUAGGCAGUCAAAGGAUCUGGAUGUGAUGACAGUGCUUGAAGAAAAGGACAGAUGUAUUGAGCAACUGAGUCUUUCUCUGAAGAAUAAAGAAGCUUUAAUCCAGUGCUUGGAAGCAGCAGAGUCCGGACAUAGAUCAUUGGAGGAGAGUUUGUCAGAAGAAAAAAUCCAAGAUCAUCCUGGUGCUUUAGUGCUUGAGAAAGAGAAGGAGCUGGAGGGGCUCAGAACAGAAUUCUACAAUGCAAAACAUGACUUGGAAAAAAAGAUCGCAUCACUCCAGAAGGAACUUCAUGAACGAGAGAUGGAGCUUUCUGUCGAAAAGAUAAAUGCUUUGAAACGAGACAAAACUAUCCAGGGAUUAGUCCUUGCUGUAAAAGUGAAAGAAAAGGAGAAUGAAAAACUUUGCUCUGAAAUUGAAGAUUUAAACACAUCAUUGGCUGAAGCCACCCAGAAAAUUCAGAUGCGGAAAUUCAAGGGUGUUGAAGAUCCUCAGACUCUCUUGAUGGAAAAAGAAAGUCUCCUGGCGGAUUUGCGUUCUGAAAACCUGACCAAAGAUCUAGAGAACCAUAAUCUUCAAAGGAAAGUUAAGAAGACCGAACAAGAGUUGCAUGAUUUGAAUCUUGAGAAAGAGACAUUGGUAAAGGAACUAGAAGAGGCUCAGCUACAGAAAAGUAGAAGUGACAAAGCCAUUAAUGACCUUAGAAACCAGCUAGAGAAGUUUCACGAUGAAAUGGCUGACAAAGAAAAGGCCCUUGAGCUUCAUUACAGUGUUCUUUUGAGUGAAGGCAAUCAGAAAUUGCAGAGCCAGGAAUUAGUCAUCACACACCUCACAGCCAGCAUUGCUCAGAAGGAUGAGUUACUCCAGAAACUUGAUGGAGUGAUUAAAGAAAAGGCCAUGGAGUUUCAGACUCUUUUAAAAGAUAAAGAGGAUCUUCAGAAGCAGAAUGAAGAUUUAGAAAAGGAGAAGUGUGCUGCCCAGUCACAGCAGCCAAUGAUCCAGAUGAUCCCAGAUUUAGAGAAAACAAAGGAAUCUGAAUUUGCAGGAAUAAUGGAAGGUCUACAGAAAGAGAGUGACAUUUUUUCAGCUCUAAUAAAGUCCCUGCAAGAUACCAAUAGCAUAAAUAACCUUCAAGAAGAGUUGCACAACAUUUCUGUGUUGCGUAAGCAACUAGAAGAUGACAUCUUAGCUAACUGGAAUUUGCGGAGAGGGCUGGAAAGUCAAAUCAAAGCUAACAGAAGAGAAGAGGAAACCCUAUCUUCUUGGGGAGAACAGACGUCUUACAUGAGCAUUUGUUUAAGAGACCAGGGUGGUUUGGAGUUGCAGUUGGACCAGCUGUCUCAUGAGGAGCUUAAGAGAAAGGUUGCUGAACUCCUCUCAGUCGUGAAGGAGCUGCAUUUGGCAAAUCAAAACCUAAAAAAAAAUCAACUUGAAAUCUCCACAUUGGACAUUGUGGCAAAGGAAAGUCAGGAUACUCUAGACCAGAGUGAGUUCCUUGAAAGAACAGAAGAAAGUCGGACUCUGACAGAAGCUUUCAAUGACCAGACAAACAGCCAGAGUGGCCAAUCUACUGAGACACCCAAUGAGCAGGCAACUCCUUCGGAUUAUUCGGAUAUACAGUGUCUGAAUCUAAAUAAGCCUGAGUUUGAACAUGAGCUGGCUGAUGGCAAAUGCUUUGGCAGAAGCACAACAGGGAAAAAAGGCGAAGCUCGAGAGAGUGGUUUGCUCAUGUCUCUUUUAAAUGAAAAUGGAGUGGCACUGCUUGGAUCUAGAGAAGAACAAAUACAAAUUACAAAUAACCUGUUAGAUCAUCUGAACACAAGCGAGCAAGACAGUUCAAGUGGCCAUCUAGAGAAUAAAGAUGAGAAAGAUCUUAAGCAACUGAUUAUUCAGCUAAGAACUGAACUUGAGCAGCAAAGGCAAGCAAAUAAAUUCCUGAAGCUGCAAGUUGAAUCCAAAUCUACUUUGACUGAGGAAGAAGGGCUUGAUCCCAAAACAAUGCUACAGAUUCAUGUGGAUAUUGGAUCAUCAAAAGCUAAAGUGAAAACUGUAGCUACUCAAACAGGGACUGUUGAAGGUAACAUCGUGGGAGUGAAACAUGAAGGCCAAAUAGCAAGCUCUGAAUACAAAGCAGCAUCUUCAAGAUUAAAUGAAGAACCUUGGCGGGAGAGAGCCUCUGUGAAGAGUGAACAGCAAGAGAUCCUUCGGCAUACAAGGAAAAUGAACAAAAGUGAUCCUUGCCAGCCAUUCAAGAAAUCCUGUUUGCCUGUUUUACUGAAGUUAUCCAAGUCGUUAGAAAGCAUCUCCUUAAAGGACCCCAUCUGGAAGCCAGACAUGCAACUUCAGCAUCGCAUCUUUACCUUGGAUGAAGAUCUGAAGAAAAGAAUUAUGCAGCCACUUAAUGAUGAAUUGCAGCCAAAUGAAGUUGUGAGUGAGAGAUCUGCUCAGGAAGGGAUAUUACUAGGAGCUGAGUCAUUGAUCAGAGUAAAUGGCUCUGAAGUGGAUGUCACCUUGGUCAGUGGUGAAAGCAAAGGCGAAACAGCCAAGGAUCCGAGCAGCAGCCAAGAAACAGAAACUUCCACACCUGAGUCAAAGCUUGCUAUGAAAGAGCUAAAUCAAGAGUUUGCUUUCUCAGAGAAGGAAGAUGUUGAUGCAACUACCACAUACUCAGAUUCUAGGAGCCUGCUUUCACUCAGCUUAAGAAUUACAAGCAUAGAUGCAUUUGACUAUGAAGCUACUGAUGACAUUGAAGAAUUGAGACAAAUAAUUAAGAUUCUGAAGUCUGAACUGGCAAAGUACAGGAUGCUGAUGAUCCACUUUGAGCCUGCCAAGCAACUCCCUUCUGGUGAUAUUUUAAGUACAACUCAGAAUGAUGGGGAGCUGCCCACGCACCAUCAUUUUCUUCCCAUAAUAGAUGCCAGUAGACCAGAGUUGCAAACUUUCUCUGAUGAGCAUCUGCAAGAGGAGCCUCAAAUCCGCAUCAAGGAUCUCCCAUCUCAUGACUUGGAGCAACAAAAUGAAAAAAAAAUUCAAAAGCUGAAGGAGCUGCUGUCAGAGAAUGAGAUGGAGUUGGAAAAAGAGCAGAUUGCAAACAUACAUCUUCUGGAUGAGGUGUGCCGUCUGCAAAAUAAACUUAAAGGAGUUUCACUGGCUAGGCACGAUUCCCCAAUCCACUCUCCAGUACAUGAGCAGUCUUACCAGCGUCAGAAAAUUCAAGAGAUCCACAGCAUCUGUGCAACUUACCGCCAGCACCUGUCCAAUUUGAUCAGAGCUUUUGAGGAGCUCUUGCAGGCCAGCGAAGUGGAUUAUUGUGUUGCAGAGGGCUUUCGCGAACAGCUGAAUCAAAGUGCCCAGCUGUUUGAGAGGCUGGAACAGCAGUGUCUGUAUGGAGAGUCAAUAGAUGAUGAGAUGACUCAACUGUGUGGCCUUGCACGAAGUUUAUCUGACUUGGAGAUGCCACAAAAGCCAUCCUCUUUGGAAUCCCCCCAGCCUGAAAAAGAAGAAACGGAGGGUGAGAGGGAAAACCUGGCAAUCAUGCCGGUCAAAUUCCCCCCAGAGUUGUUGAUGGAGCAUCUCCAAGAAAUACGAAUGUUGAGGCACCAGCUUGAGGAAUCCAUCAGAACCAACGACCGACUAAGGAAGCAGCUUGAGCAACAAGUGUCAGACUCUGCUCAGGAGCAAGGUUCUGCAAACGUUUGUAUUCGUGGCUCGGAGCAACAUAAUUCCCUGACUUCUGAAAUUCAUUUCCUGAGGAAGCAAAAUCAGGCUUUGAAUAUGAUGCUGGCAAAGGGAUCUCAAGAGAAACAAAAGGAAAAUGAAAAGUUGAGAGAAUCCCUGUCGAAGAAGCACCUUGCUGCUGAGCGCCUUCACAAGGACUACGAGCACCUCAAGAAGGAGAAGGAGAAACUGCAGAAGCAGCUUGGGAAGCAAGAGGAAGAAAAUGGGCAUCUGACUCAUGAUAUUUACAGUGUUAGAAACGAACUAAACAGGCUGCAAAUUGAGCUGAACGCCAAACAGCAUCAGCUGUCAGAGAACGACAAAUUACUACACUCACUACAACUGGAGCUGAAGGUAUACGAAAAGUUAGAUGAAGCAAUCAGAAGUCAAAAAGAUCUCGGCCGUGACGGAUCAGAUGAAUGCUGGAAAGAUCAAAACCAUCCACUUGACUUGCAUGAACUAUUGACUGAAAUACAGAACUUCAGAAUGCAGCUUGAAAGGAGCAUCAAGGCAAACAAGACGUUGCAUGAAAAAUUGGAAGAACAGCUUUCCAGAGGAAAGAGAGAGGGAGACAGCUUGGGGUCAACUGUAAAUAUCGGCUGCCUUUUAAAGCAAGAAUUGCAGCAUUACACUGGGAUAAACGAUCUUAAAUUCUCUGCUAUGGACAGCAAUGUCAUUGAAUUGCAACGGAAGUACGGAACCUGCAUAGCGCCAUGGAAUGCAGAUACAGAGCUGGCUGUGGAUAAUUCAGACAGUUCCUCCCGAUGCAACUCACCGGCAAACCAUUCCAGUGACCCUUGCCUCGUUCCCAGCCAUUGUGUGUGGGCAGACAAAAAUGGCCGGCACAUCCUUGGCUUGAUCGAAGAUUAUAACUCUUUACAGAAGCAAAUCUUGGAAGGGCGAAAAAGGUUGUCUGAGCUGGAACUUCCUCUGAAAGAAGCAGGACUUCAAGAACUGGGAGUGACGGUUCCACAGCUGGCAUUCCUGAGCAGGCUUUCUACAACCAUUUGUGCAAUCCAGCAUAACCUAGAAGAAGCUGCUCGUUUGUUGAAGCUCCUUUGGAGAGUCUCCCUCCCAAUGAAAGUUGUCCACAAUGUUGGUUAUGCGUUUCAGGAUGAACACAUGAAAGCAGAAAUAAAGAAGCUCCAUCGGAAACUGGCCGAGCAGGAAAAAAGGCUGCAUUGCACAGUCAAAUGCUUACAUGCUACCAACCAGCUGAAAGAAAACAUGGAGAGAGUCAUCAUUGAUCAGUUGGCUUUAACUCAUGAUGUCUUAAGGAAGGCACGAGGAAACCUUGAAGUUCAGCCAGCUGAAAACAAGACAUCAGCCUCCAGCCUCAGCAGGAAAAGGGUUUUGUGAACCUUCUGCUUCCCCUAAUAAAGACCAUUUCCCCCCUA